UCUGUCGCUUUAAAAUCACACUGAAGAAGUUCACAAACCCAUGCUAAACAUCUCAAGAGCUUUAUUAUCAUCACAGUUUUAUUUUCACAACCAAAUAAAAGCAUGGCGUCAACAAAAGAGCUUUUACAGAUGGAUCUUUACGCGUUAUUGGGUGUUGAAUCUGUAGCUACACAGAAACAGAUCAAGAAAGCGUACAGACAGAGAGCGUUAUCCUGUCACCCGGACAAAAACCCAGACAAUCCUAAAGCUGCUGAACUCUUCCAUCAGCUCUCUCAGGCUUUGGAGGUUUUGACAGACGCUGCUGCCAGGGCUGCCUACGACAAGAUCUGCGCUGCUAAAAAACAAGCUGAGGAAAGAAACCGAAAACUAGACGACAAGAGGAAGAAGAUCAAACUCGAUUUGGAGACACGUGAGAAAGAGGCAGAGACUCAGAAAACCGAAGAAGUCAAAAUUAGCCGUACGUUAGAAGAGGAGAUCGCACGUCUGAGGGAAGAAGGUUCAAGAGAACUUCAAGAACAGCAGAGACUCGUGCGAGAGCAGAUCCAGAGAGAGACGAACACUAACACAAACACAGACUCGUCAUCAGGAUGGAAGAACAGCAGUAAUGUGACUCCUAAACUGAAGUUAAAGUGGAAAUGUAAAAAAGAUGAUGCAAGCAAUGCAGGAUAUUCUCAAGAGUGUCUUCAAAACCUCUUUCAGAAGUAUGGAGACGUGUUGAACAUUUUAAUCUCCAGUAAGAAGACCGGCAGUGCUGUCAUUGAGUUUGCCACAGUUAAAUCGGCUGAUCUGGCGUUCAGAAAUGAGAGUGGUCUGACUGGAAAUCCUCUAAAGAUCACAUGGCUGGAGGGUCAACCUGACCCAGCAUCACAUCUAAACACACCAUCAGAUGUUUUCUCCUCUUCACAGGGUCCUUUACGCAAUGAGCGUGAUUAUGAGAGCGUGGUCCUGAUGAGACUGAGACAGGCUGAAGAGAGAAAGAGAUUAAUAGAAGAGAUGAAGAGAGAGGAUGAAGAGACGGUGUGACCAUAAACACAUUUUCAUUUCAUCUAAAGUCUUUUUACAUUUUACUUCAAUAAAACUUUUUUGUCUAAAUUUUAAACACAGUUUCUAUGUUUUGCUUAAAGUUUGCAUGUGCAUUAAAUUCAAGGAAAUCAUUUUGAUAUUUUGUUAUUUAAUGCAGUGACAGAUUUGAUAACUACAUUUUGGAUAAAGCAUUGAAUGACACGAGACUCAGAUCUCACUGUAAUACCUGCAGAGGCUUUAAUCAGAUUUUUAUAUUUAUCUGAAGUCUUAACUUAAACGACAGAUGUCUGUGGUUGUGAUGUUUUGUUGUAGUCUUCAGAUGGAGAAAUUUAGUGCACAUUUCUUAACCAUUUGUAAAAACUAUUCUGCCAUAUGUGUGUGUAUUUCAGAUAAACACGCAUGUAAAAAUCACACAAACUUUGGUUAGUUGCUGUAGGUCAGAUGGUUUCUAUAAGACCUUGACCAGAAUCAGCUGCAGUGGAUGGGACUUUCUGUUCUGUUUACCUUCUGUGUUGUCUGUUGUGUUCAUAAGAAACAUUCAUGUUGUUCCUCAAUGUUGAUCUACAUACAUGAGCAGUGUAUUCAUCAUCUUUGAUCCUUUCAUCAUGUGGUGUACACCAGGGGUUUUCAAACCAGUCCUAAUUAUUUUGAAAUGUAGGAAA